GAAUUGGCAGAGCCCUGAGCACCGGGUACUGUCGUCUCUGCCACGGGAAGUUCUCCUCCAGGAGCCUGCGCAAUGUGUUCGGGAAGGUGCCUGUGAUGGGGGAGAACUCGGAGAAGCAGCGCCGCGUGGAUCAGGUCUUCUUUGCCGACUUCCAGCGGCUGGUCGGCGUGGCGGUGCGGCAGGACCCCGCGCUGCCGCAGUUUGUCUGCAAGAAAUGCCAUGCCCAGUUCUACAAAUGCCGCAGCGUCCUCAGGACCUUUAUCCAGAGGGUGAACGCAUCUCCCACGGGCCACGUAAAGUCGAAAGGAAAGAGCGGCGCAGCCCAGGCCCAGCCGGGCGCAGAAGGAGGUGCCUCCUGUCUGGGUGAGUGCCCGCUCCCAGGGCUCCUUUUAAAGUCGAAAGGAAAGAGCGGCGCAGCCCAGGCCCAGCCGGGCGCAGAAGGAGGUGCCUCCUGUCUGG